AUGGAGACAAGUUCCAUCAACACUAAACCCAUUCCAAGUCAUGGCAGGCAUACCAAGAAAAAAGAGCCACGUCCAAGCAAACCUCUAAAACGAAUGAGUACCCUCAGUGACUCGAUCAACGCACGCGGCAUUCCCUCCACCAACUUGAGGGUGAAGGACAAAGAAGUCAUGGCUGCUAGUUUCUUGCAGUUCUGUGCAAUGUGCGAGAAACAAAUCACGACGCCCAGCAACUCACUUCUCUACUGCAGCGAGGCGUGUCGUCGCAAAGACAGCGUGAAACCACUAUCCGCAAGUCUCCUGCGACCAACAUCCAUGUCAACACCGUCGUCCCCUCGCCCAGCGCUCCACAUGCGUUCCUCGAGCGCCAUCGUGGCAUCACCAAAUCACUCCUCACCGGUCCUCCUCCGGAUACCUCCUGACAUGCAUGGACACAAGUCAGAUCUUGACCCCACCGAAUGGAAGCCGAAAUUAGGAGACGGCCACCGCAAGACCUCUGAAGCAUUUCGCUACCUGUCACAAUUCCACCAGAACAUGAACAACGCCUUCAAUGCCAAUGCAGAUGCUAUGAUAAUGAUCCCCACCCCAAAAUGUGAUACCCCCAGCGUGGAUGAGACCAAAGAUAGCCUCAUCACCAAUAACAAUGUACAAUACAAUACAGUGGGCUCCACCAGCACCACGGUCUCCACGAUCUCCACCACCCCGAGCCUCACGAGCGCCAGCAUGAGCGCCACACCAACCACUGGACCCAGUAGCUUCGACAGCACCAUAUAUGCGCACAUGCACAAUUACAAUCCUAACUACCACAAAACUCCCGACUACGAGCACGGAACCAAGUACGACUACGACUACGACUUCAACCUACGCCCGCUCCCCCCACGCCAGAACCCGAUGUACUACAGUACGAGCGCGGGCGGCGGACGGGGUAUUGACCUGGUGACGCCGCAUGUUGCGCCCGGCGUUGAGGCAGGCGAGAGUGCGGCGUCUUCGAUGCCGAUGACCUACGACCAUGAUUUCUGGGGGAAGAAGAAGGUCGUCCCAGUCGCCUCUGGACCUGCGAGCCUUGGUGCUGGCCCGCGCGGUGGACACACUGGGUUGUCGAGCGGAGAUGGCCUCGGGGCGCUGUUCGGCAAGGCUGCGUAG